UCUUCAUUCCAUUCUCUUUUCUUUCUCCUCCAUCACCACUACCAUUUUCCUACAAAAAGAAAAAACCUUUUCCAAAAAACUUAUAAAUUUCGUCAAAAAAUCAUUAUACGAAAAAAAAUCACGAGUCUACAGCUACCUAGCUAGUUGUAUGUCCAAAUUUUGUUGUUAACAAAAUUAUUUCUCGUUUGGAAUAAGAAGAUUAUUAUUUUUAACGAUGACACAUUUAGCUGCAUCGUCAUCAACUAUUGCACCGGUGGGCUCGCCACGGUCACCGUGGCACUCACCGGUGCCGUAUUUAUUUGGUGGAUUAGCAGCCAUGUUAGGGCUAAUUGCAUUUGCACUACUAAUAUUAGCAUGUUCUUAUUGGAGACUUAGUGGUUAUCUUGAAGAAAAUCAAGAAGGUGAUAUUGAAGAAGGAAAUAAUAAUAAUAGUAGUGGUGAUGGUGAUGUUAAAAUGGAGGAUCCACCAAUUCUUGAAGAUAAAUUUUUGGUUAUUAUGGCUGGACAAUUGAAGCCAACUUAUAUUGCUACACCUAGUUUGUCUAGUAGGGCUUCAUCUUUUGGCAGUAGUAGCAGUUGUACCGCGAGCAGUGAGAUUAGUACGGAUAAAUCCGAGGGAGAAGAGAAUGAUGAAGAGAAGAUGAAAGAAGAAAAUGGUUCCUCCAGUUCGAUCCCUGAAAAUGAAGAAGUACCUACAGGAAGUGUUUCAUCAAAUGGUGUCUCGAGUUCAACCCGUGAAAAUGAAGAAGUAUCUGCAGAAGGUGUUUCAUCAGAUGGUGUUUCGAGUUCGACCCCUGAAAAUGAAGAAGUACCUACCAGAAGCGUAACUAAUCCCAUGUGACACAAAUCCGAAUUAAUUGAGACAGUGAAUUCUAAAUAUCGAAAAUGAAGAGCAUGGUAAGCAUCGGUGAGCCUAAGAAGAAAAAAAGUAAAUUUUCGGAUGUUAUUUAUGGAUAUGUGGGAAACUAGGCAUGUUUGGGAAAAAAAAAAUGGGGCUUUGGAAAGAAGAAUGGGAUUCCUCUUAAUUAACUUUUGGUAGAGGUAUAGAUAGAGCUUUCUCUUGUUUUCUUUUUCCUUAAUCUUGGAAAUAUCGGAAAUGUAUAUACUUUUUGGAGAAUUUUAAUGAAUGGGAAAGCUUUAUCUUGGUACUUAA